UAUUCGCAGCUUGGGAGAAAGGAGCUAAGCGUUUGUCCGUGACUUCCAUGGAGUUUAUAUCAAAUCUCGCUCCCGGGGCCUUGCUCAGGUCUGUCUCGAAUGUGGGCUCCGAAAUAACACGCAGAGUGAAAACUGCCUCCUCACCACCACAGAGGCCUUUCCGCAUCUGUAGCCAUGACCGGAGUGUACGUAAGGGGCUCACGGCUGGGACCCUGAGGGAGCUCAUGGCAAAAGCAAUGGACGCUCUAUUCCUAACUGGUAUUGUGUCAUUAGUGCUUGAGGAAGAUGGGACAUUACUGGAUACAGAGGAUUUUUUUGACACGCUAGGGGAUGGUUCAGUGAUCAUGGUCCUGGAAAAGGGGCAGAAGUGGAUUCCAGUAAAGGGUGUCUUGUCAUACUCACUGCAGCAAGAAAAGCCAAGAAAUAGCAAAGACAUUGCUCGAAUCACAUUUGAUAUAUACAAGCUCAACCCACGUGAUUUGUUUGGAAGUCUUAAUAUAAAGGCCACAUUUUAUGGCCUGUACUCCAUGAGCUGUGACUUUCAGUGUUUGGGUCCAAAGAAAGUCCUCAGGGAAUUCCUGAGGUUCCUGUCUGCAGCUUUGCAAGGUUUGGGACGUGUAAUGCUCUCAGCAUCUGGGGUCCUGCGGCGUCUCCUAGAAGGAGCGGAUCACUGGCAGCCAAACCGAAUCUGCGAGUAUGAGGGAUGACUUGCCCAUGAAUAAUAACUUUAAAUAUUCUCCUAUUCCCACUUAAUACAUACAGUUGAAUGAUUUUAUUGAAUGUUUCAAUAAUCUCUACUCAAAAAGAGAAGUAGCAAUAAAGGUAAAAAUAGAAAGACUUGCAGCUCUUGAUGCAGUUGUGACAUAUGAUGGAAGAGGUGGGUAUAGCUGUGCCCCUUUAAAUAAUUAAAAGAAUACCUUAUGAUACAUGGGUUCAGGAGCCCACUCAUUAACAAUGUAAGCUUUACCCCAGGCUUGGUAUUAGCACCUCAUUCCACCAUCUGUUAGGAUAGCUGCUUGACAAUCCAAAAGAUAUUUAUUCUUGUACUGUCUCUCCACUGGUCAGCAAAUUGAGCCAGCUGCCACCCAGGCUUGCCAUGGUAUAUAGCGUUUAGCCUGCUCAUAGUAGCAGGGUCCAGAAAAUCAGGCCAGGUCCUCCAUCGUAGGAAGAGUCUUUCCUGCUCAUCUCAAAAGUAAAUUACACUUCAAAGAACCCUGUAAUUCAAAGAAUUAGUCUUGCUCUGCGGAGAGGCUUAUGCAGUCGUAAUGAGCUGACCCUCUAUAGCCUAAAACCUGUAGAUCCAUGUGUUUUUCUAGUAACAUUCAUUGUGAAAACUACUUAGCAAUAGGAUAUAUUUUGGAUGAAGUUACCUGUAUUUAGGAAUGGGUUUUCAGCUGUGAUGAACCAGUAAGAAAAGCACCUCUUGGGAUUUACAGAUAACCAGGAGCCUACAAUAUAAUGGAGUCCGACCCAGACUGUGUGACCCUGGAAAUCUGCCCCAUCACAUUGAGAUGUCGAGAUGAAUUUUGUGAACUAUUUAUAACUAUGGAUUUAGUCCAAUAAACUCAAGGUUUUAUUUACUAAGUGGUGGGUUUUAGGUGAGCUGGAGUGAAAUAAAAAGUCUUAUCUCUCUGCAUUAAUUAUGACCCUUCUAAAGGAAAAAGGUCACCAAUGUUUGCCCUUCCUGAUGAAUUGUAUUCAGUUUUUCAUGUAAUUUCAGUUCACCAAAAACUUAACUUUUUAGUUUAGUUAAUUGUUCUGUGAGAACCAAAUGCAGUUCUGCAGUAAGACAUCUGGUCAGAAUAGCUGGCACUAUGCAGCAUCUAGUGGCCCAUUGUGAAUGGUGCUAGUACUAGUAGGUUUCCUUAGGUUAUUCAACCUGAAUGUAAUUAAAACGAUGCUUGGUACAUUCAUAUAUAAUACUACUUUCUUGAAUAAUAUUUAUCUAGUGAGUCAUUAAUGAAGUUUAUUUCACAUAAUUUAUACGGAAUUGUAUACAUAAUGUUUUUUGUAAGUGUAUAGUUGUUGGGUAUAUGAGUAUUAUUCAUGAAUUGUGGUAUAAUUGUAUACGCUGUAUGCCAUAUUCUGUGCAUUUCAUGUGUAUAUCUGCAGGCCUGUGAUAAUAAUAUAUGUUGAUUUCAUUA